AUGGGUUCAGUUGUUGCUUUUUUCAUUUUUAUUAUGUACUUGAUCUCAUUCCAAGAAGUCCUCAAACCCACGACGUUAAAGCUUGUGAAGGGGGACGUCACAUUGAUCCAACAGACCUGCAAGAGCACCAAAUACUACGACCUCUGCGUGUCGUACCUGAGAUCCGAUCCCACCAGCCUCAAAGCCGACACCAAGGGCUUGGCCGUCAUAAUAGUUGGCAUUGGAAUGGCGAACGCUACAAACACCUACUCCUACCUGUCGUCUCAGUUGUUGAGCAGUGCCAACGAUGCGGCCACUAAGAAACUCCUCAAGCUCUGCUCCGACAAGUAUUCUUACGCCUACGACUCUCUACAGGCGUCUCUGCGGGACUUGGGUUUGGCCUCCUUCGAUUAUGCGUCUAUUCAUCUCACUGCUGCCUCCGACUACUCCAACGCUUGUCACAACGCCUUUAGAUCACUAAGCUCUCCUCCUCCUCCUCCUCCUCCUGCUCUGGCGUAUCCGGCAGAGCUUGCGCGUAGAGAAGACGCUUUGAAGCAUAUCUGUGAUGUGGCUCUAGGGAUUAUCGAUCUUCUUCUUGCGCAGGAAUAAUUAAACGAUGGGUGUUGCUUUAAUUUGUUU